AUUCAAAGCCAUGCAAGAGGUCUGCAGCACCCUGGACACAACCCCAAUGGGGACGCAGAUCAAAUCGGAGUCGCCGCUCAAUCCGCUGCAGGUGCAAACGGGAGGACAAACAGCACUCCCCGUGGGUGUUGGUGUUGGUGGCUUGGUGGGUCAGGGCACGCAGCAGGGUGCUCCAGCGGUGCCGGCGGUGAUGCUGGUCAACAAGAUGGCCUCGAACUGUGAUAAACGGGCCGCGGACACGGCCUACUGGAUGGCCGCCUCCGAGGGUGGCUUCAUCAAUUCGCAGCCCUCGAUGGCCGAGUUUCUCAAUCACCUGAGUCCGGAGAGUCCCAAGAUGGGAACACCUGUUGGAGGCGGCGGCGGCGUCGGCGUCGGCGUCGGUGGUGGUGUCAAUGUGAAUGUGAAUGUCGGCGUCGGAUAUCCGGUGGGUGUGGGUCCAAUGCCACAGACACCGGAUGGCAUGGACUCGGUGCCGGAGUAUCCCUGGAUGAAGGAGAAGAAGACAUCGCGGAAGAGCAGCAACAACAAUAAUCAGGGUGAUAACUCCAUAACUGAAUUCGUUCCAGAAAACGGCCUGCCCCGACGCCUCCGCACCGCGUACACGAACACCCAGCUGCUGGAGCUGGAGAAGGAAUUCCACUUCAAUAAAUAUUUAUGCCGCCCAAGGAGAAUCGAGAUAGCAGCCAGCCUGGAUCUAACCGAGCGACAGGUAAAAGUUUGGUUUCAAAACCGCCGCAUGAAACACAAGCGGCAAACGCUCUCAAAAACAGACGAUGAGGACAACAAAGACAGCCUCAAAGGUGACGAUGAUCAAUCCGAUAGCAACUCCAAUUCGAAGAAAUCGUGUCAAGGCUGCGAACUGCCCUCCGAUGAUAUACCCGAUUCGACGUCCAAUUCCCGGGGACACAACAAUAAUACGCCGAGUGCCACCAACAAUAAUCCCAGUGCGGGAAGUCUGACUCCCAACUCCUCUUUGGAAACGGGCAUCUCCUCGAAUCUGCUUGGCAGCACCACCGUAUCCGCCUCGAAUGUGAUCAGUGCCGACUCCAGUGUGGCCUCCAGUGUCAGCCUGGACGAGGACAUCGAGGAGAGCAGUCCCAUCAAAGUCAAGAAGAAAGAUGAGAAUCAGGUCAUCAAAAAAGAGGCAGUGUCCACCUCAUCGAAGGCGUCGCCCUUUGGCUAUGAGAGCUCUACGCCGAGUCUGGUCAGCUUUCGGCGGGACUCGGAUGCCGUCAUCGCCUCCGCCAAUCCUCCCCCAACAAAGGGCAAGAAACGUUACCAGAAUAAUGCCAAUUCUAUUGCCACGCCCACACCCCUCACCGAUAGUAAUAGUGGUGGAAAUGUUGGUGCCGGCGGCGGUGGAGGUGCCUCAGCUGGUGGCUAUUUCCCUGGCUACUAUCCUAGUCCAAAGCAACAAAUGCAACAGCAGCAGCAGCUGCAUCCGCAACAGCAGCAGCAGCAGCCACAGCCACAGGACUAUUAUGGCAAAUACGAUAUUGAAUUCGCCGCCUCGCCGCACCACAAUAAUCCGCACAAGCAACAGUCGCUGCACGCGGGCGAGUAUCUGAGUCCCAAACCCAAUGCUGCCACAUUCCACCAAAACAGCCAGCAGCAGCAGCAGCACGACCAGCAGUUUUAUUACAACUACAACGACGCCAACGGCAGUGCAUACAUGAACCACCAACAGCAGCAGCAGCAACAACACCACCACGUUGGUGACUUUGAGACGCCACCUAUCAACGGACCGAGCAAUUUCAACAGUGGUUACUACGACAACAUGAGUUUUCAACAUCAAGCGCAGGCGCAGGCUCACCAACAACACCAGUCUGUGGUGUUUCAACAACAGCAGCAACACCAACAGGCUCCCAUUAAUCAUCAGCAACACAUGCAUCACCUGGGCACGGGCGAGGCUUAUAGCGCUCUCGGUUUGCAGAUGGAGAACUGCGAUGGCUACAAUAAUUUUGGAGGUCCAGGCAGCGCUGGCGCUGGUUCUGCGGGUGCUGGUGUUGGUGUUGGCUACUACGAGGCGGGUCAACAACCCCCUGUACCGCCCCACACGCACACGCACACCCAUCACCCCCACCAUCAUGUUCAGGUGCAGGCGCAGGCGCAUGCCCAUCUCCAUGCCCACCACAAUCCUGCCGCAGCAGCAGUCCAAGCGGGCGUGGGAGUGGGCGUUGGAGUGGGUGUUGUUCCUCCACCACCGCCGCCAUCGCAUAUCCAUGGCUUUGCACUGAAUGGCGGGGGACCGGCGGUCCAGAGUCAGGCUUUUGUCAGUGGCGGAGGCAGCGCCGGCGGAGCUGCUGCGAUCAGUGGCCUGGAGAACUCGAACAGCUCAUCGGAUUUCAAUUUCCUGAGCAAUCUGGCCAAUGACUUUGCACCCGAGUACUACCAACUCAGUUAGUUCGUGUAGGAAGAGGCGACUGUACAGUUCUAGCCUAAUUCCCUCCCCGUUUGCCUGUCUGUCUGUAAGUGUGUAAGUGUGUGUGUGUAUCUGUGUUUCUCUUCGAUGUUGUAGCCACGUAGCGCACAUAUCUGUAAAUACUAUUCCUAAGAAUUAACCCUAAAGAGUUCUAUUCCAUCUGUA